GCAACUGGACAGGAGCGACAACGACCUCUCCUCUCAUCUAGGGCAGCACUUUGUUGGCUUUAGCGAUUGCCCGUGUUUGUGGAGCUCUCCAGAGUUGGCGGAUAAAACCGAUAUCGCAGAUAAAACUUGCCCCUCCGCGAGUUCAAGUGGAAACUGUUUGUCUGCCUCACAGUCAGACGAUCCGCGAAGCUUAAACAGAUCAGAUAGCAGCCAUGCAGACGAAGCAACUUCUCCUUUGGUGCGCACUGACGAUCCUCCUGCACUGGAGCGAGGCUCAGCUGGAUAAUAUCCGGGAGCUAAGCGUAAGUGCAGACCCAGAGCAGACGGCAGCAACCACAGUACCGUCAGUAGCAACAGAAGUGACUCCAUUGGAAAUGGAGAACCUGAAAGAUAAAAACUCAACAGGAAGCGAAAGCGGAGAUGAGAAACCAGAGGAAUCAGUAAUGGGUACAGAAGAUAUGCAAUCAUCGGGAGAACAUGUAGAUCUGGGUCCGCAAAUAGAAGAGAAACCUCCAAUGGGUACAGAGAAUAUUGAAAUUCAAAAGGAAGCUACGGAUACGGAUGAGCCCUCAAAGCCAACAGUGGAUAUUCCCCCUGCAGUUGCACAUACAGAACCACCAAUGGAAACCACAGAAACUACUGUCCAUGCGAAACCCGUUGCAUCAGAAGAGACAUCAACCGAGGCUGAAACUGCAGAUAACGAUAAGAAUAAGCCACUAACUGAACCUGAAGAUUACCCAAACGAUGCACCGUCUGAACAGGACUCGACAGAGCCGCCUCCAGCAACCACACAACCCACACCGGCGACCACUAAACCACCGCCACCACCACCACCAACUUCAGUCCUGCCCGUACCACUGUUUCCAUCAAUCAGUUGUUUCAGCUGCAACAACUGCAAGGAGAAGCCAAAGAAUAAAAUAAAAUGUGCAUCGGCUGUGGGAAAACGUAAUGGCUGCCUCACUUUGGUCAAGAGUAAGGAAAAGCUUGUGCUGCGUGGUUGCAUCUCCGAGCUGGCGGAGACGAGCAACAACUACUGCAAAGCAAACGCCAAAGACUGUCAAAUGUGCUACGAGAACGACUGCAAUGCCAAGGAGGUGACGCUGUCCAAUGCGGCGGCAGCUGCUCCGCUGCUGGGCAGUGCCCUAAUCUGGGGCAUUGGUAUAAUCAGUUGUCUGGUGACGAUGUAGGAACCCCUCUGACUCUGAGUCAUGCACUUUUCGAAAUCGAUAAAUAUGAUAAGGAAGGAGGGAGCGCCCCGCCACG